GGAGUCCCAAAUUCUCAACCAUACCGUACAGCUCAUGCCUGCCCGCAUAAAUCGCGAAGCUGCGGCCGUAGUGCAAAAUUGCUCUGCCGCGGCCGCUAUACCAAUCACACCACCGUCCUCUACCGGGGAACGUGUUUAUCACUGCAACAUCGAAUAUCAUGGACAACUGUACUCAUUAACCUGGACCGGAGAUCCACAGUACCCAGACCUAUCGAGUUUUCCAUCCAUUUUGGCAGGCGAGCUGUGUCUUGUAAAGCAAAGCCCCAAAAUGCUCGAUUUGAAGGUUAGCUUUAGUGGGCGGCUGGAUGAGCAAAUCCCUUCGUGGUUUCCGACCUGGGUUUACGACGGUGCUACGUUUAGGAAAGACUGUGAUCUAAACGGUUGGACAAUUACUGGGCAUGAGCAAGUUCUUCGACAUUCGCAAACGUUAAAUAAACCGUGUCAAGUUGCAUCCGUCGACUUCAUGGCUCGGCGUCGGCGCAGCACCAGCCACAGAUGCAGCCAACAUUCAGGCACCUAGGGACUUCAGAAGUGAUGUGCUUUGGCUAUCGGGACAUUGAAUGGACCACCCAUGGCUGUGAUCUUCACUUCUCCAACACAUACUUGACGCAAAUUCUAUCUGUCCAAAGAGUUAAGCUCUUCCCAUGUCCAUCAUUCAACCAUCAGCCGGUCUUUAAAUUCGGUAUUCAUCCGGCCCAAACGUCGUCCCAAACAAGAACCCUCAGCCCAAGAAGUCACCUCCACAUUGCUCUUCUCUAGGUUGAGAACUCGGGCAAUUUAGGUGGAGCUUCGCUAUUAAAGUAUUGAGUAGAUGAACCAAAC